CAUGUUCAGCCAUGUUGUGGUUUUGAAUGAGGAAGAAGCGGGAGAUAACAUUCUUCAACGAGUUUAUAUGUAAUUUAAAGUCACGUUUAGGAUAUAUAAAUGAGUUAGGGUGUGACUCAAAAUGAUAACCGUUUUUGCGAACGCGUUGGUUGCGUUUUAUUGCAUUCCUGUUGGAAUUUAAACAUACUUCCAUAAAUUAGCCGUGUGGCUAACAACGUUAGCUAGCAUAGUGUGCUAGCUAGGCAACUAGCUAAUUCUUAGUUAACCAGCUAGCCCGUUAGCCCGUUUCAUGGGAAAGUAAAAUGAAAAUUGUGAGUAGUGUUAGCCUUUGAAAUAGCCUCAGCUAACCUGCCUCAGUCGAAUGAAGCGCAUUAGCCUCAUUUGGUUUGACUAUAUUGACAGGUAGGCAGAAAACAGCUAUAACGAUUUAUCUUUAAACCGACGGCGUUAUUUCUGAAACUUUUGAACCAUGUUGAAUAAAAUUUACGGAUGGAUAGAAACAAGCUUUGCCAAUCUUCGCAAUGGUGUACCAGCUGCGGAGCACUCUGAUGCACAUCGGGCACCGGGAGAUGGUCAGAUGAGGAGGAAAAGACCAAUUGAAUGUUUGCAAGAUGGACAUAACAACGAUGGCUUAAUGAUAAAGAAAUCUCGAAUGGGAGAUCUCAUUGACACAGUCAAGAUUGCAGCUGAAGGGGUUAAGACUCAUAGCUCCAGUGUGGCUACAUGGAUGAGGAACAAUGUGAGCCCUACCUUGAGAAAUAUACUCCCUGCCUCCCCCGGCCCUCCACCUGGAGAGCCACAGCCCUCAACAUCCGCAGACGUCUGGGCAGGGAGCCCGAUUGUUGAAAGGAACUCUCUUGAUGAGACAUUCAUUGCUCCCUCAACAACUUUGGAGUGGAAAACAUCCAAAUUCGAAUGUGUGCGUAAUGACAAGUCUAUUGUGGGAUCAAAAGUCUGUAGGCGACAAGUGUGCAUGAGUCCUAUACAUCGAGAAGUGCCAAAAACAAAUGGACACUCUGUGAACUUGACGCCCUCCGUUACCCCUGAAUUGCACCCCUCUCCACGGUUAGGCAGACCCCUAAAUCUCCGACCACAUGGAACACCAAGUUUAUUCAGUGGAGCGUCAAGCAGCUCCUGCACCAGCAUGUACGAGAAGACCUUUCCCAUCAAAGUGGUGCAGAGCCCAACACACAGCACCUCAUCUGUCCGCAUACACAGAGCCAGGCCCCGCUGUACAGCACAGGAGUCUGUUUGUCAAGAGGAGAAGGAGGUGUAUAGGCAGCUUCUGACCAUGGUCUCUGGUGGUCAGUCAACUUUUCUUCACAACGGCAGCUCACACGCCAUCGUGAGGUCACACAGAGAUUUCACCAGCUUCCUGACCACCAGCCGCAGACUGCUACAGUUCACUUCCUCUGCUGGUUCAGCAGCAGGAGGAACUUCAGAGGGUGCCAGCAGCCCCCCGAGCCCCAGGGGGAUGUCUAGCCAGAGCUCCAGCAAUCUCCCCAGCCCAGUGGGGGCCUCCAACAGGCCAGGGAUCCAGAGUUGGUCUCUGGACAUGGACCUCAGCUCCAGCAGAGCAGCUAUUCUCACAUCAGCUCCCUCCCCAUCUGUUUUGCAGGACAACUCCUCUCAGGACACGCAAUCAUCAGCUCAUGAUGGUGACUCUGUAAUUAUUGUAAAUGAACAAAAGGGUAAAAAGCAAGACAGCUCAAGUGUGCCAUGUUUCCAAGCUGAGCUAUGGAUCAAAGAACUGACUAGUAUGUAUGACUCUCGGGCAAGAGAAAGACGGAGACAGAUCGAAGAGCAGGAAGCCUUGGCUGCCCAGCUGCUGCAACAGCGCCUGUCUGAAGAGGGUCAACGCAGCCCAGAUGUGGAGGUCCAUGUACGAGUUCCUUUGGAGAAGGAAGUUCCUUUGACUCUUGUGACAGAAGAACCAAAACAUUUGGAAGAGAUACCAGAAUUCCCUGAACUCACAGAGGAAAUGGAAGCCGAGGUGAACAGGGUGCUGAGAGGAGGUAGUUCUCACGAAGUAUUAAGUGAAGGUUUUGGUCUCAGUCUUACGCGCAAAGACCUGCAGACCCUCAGCAACCUCAACUGGCUCAAUGAUGAGGUGAUCAACUUUUACAUGAACCUGCUGGUCGAGCGUAGCAAGGACCCCCGCUGGCCAUCAGUCAAUACGUUCAACACUUUUUUCUAUCCCAAGCUGCGCAGCAGUGGCUAUUCCGCUGUCCGCCGCUGGACCAAGAAGAUGGACAUCUUUUCUAAAGACAUCCUGUUGGUUCCUGUCCACUUGGGGGUGCACUGGUGCCUCUCUGUGGUGGAUUUCCGCAAAAAGGCUAUCCUGUACUUUGAUUCUAUGGGAGGAAACAAUGAUGAAGCAUGCAGAAUAUUGUUUGAAUACCUGCAACAGGAAAGCAAGGACAAGAAGGGCAAAGAACUGGAUACCUCAGGCUGGACUCUGCGCAGCAAAAAGCGCCAUGAAAUCCCACAGCAGAUGAAUGGCAGUGACUGUGGAAUGUUCACAUGCAAAUAUGCAGAUUACAUUACCAAAGACAAGCCAAUCACUUUCACACAGAAGCACAUGCCCUACUUCAGAAGAAGGAUGGUUUGGGAGAUUUUGAAUCAUAAACUGUUGUGAUGUCAGUAUAGUCGGCUCACAAUGUUAGAAACACAACUAACGUAACAACGGCAGAGCUGCGUUCAGCAGCAGGAUCCACUUAUAGCAGUCCUGCUCUGGAUAGACUAGUACACCAGCUUGUCAGAUCAGGAACCAGCCCUGCUACUCUGCAUCCUUUAAGCCCUCAGCUGAUCUUUGCUGAUGGGAUGUUGCUGGAGCACCAAGCACUGCCUACCAGUCCUCUACUUCACUUUGUUUUGUUUUUUUGGGUGCACCCAUGGAGCAUCAGUGUAGCAGCUGAAACGCUGCUUGUUUUUUAAUGCCCAGCCAGAACUGUUUUUGAAAUCACACGUGUACUGACUUACAAGCCAUACUCUGAGCAAUGUUCAGUUUAAUGCAGAGAUAUGUUUACAUGUUUUUGUCCUACAGGGAGAUGAGCACAUUAUGCUGCAUACUUUUUAUAACACAAAUUCUACAUUUUGGCAUCAUUGUCAAUGUUUGAUAUUCUUGGUAUGUGCAAAGAACAAUUUACUUUACCAUGAAAAUAUGAAUGCCCACAGAACUGGAAUUUGAAUGGCAUCUAGUCUUAACAAUCUGUCUCUUUGUGUUUGGGCGUGACACAUGUUCUGUUUUCCUAAAUAUGAACAUUUAACCUAAAACAGGAUUCUUUUUGUAGUUUGAUGAAUUAAAAUGCACAAAAGGCUGCAAAUGUGACAUUGCCUCAGAGUAUAAUUUAUAAGGAAGGAAAAUAGAAAGCUGCAGUCUAAAACAGCAGGUUAAGUGUUUUGCCAUUUUCCCAUUACUCUUGAUAUAUUGUAAAUUAAGGUUCGAAGUCUAUUUUAUGUAUUGCAGUCUGUUUUCAUUCAACAGCAACUUUUGGGCAUAUUCAGAAUAUUUUGAACUUUGUACAUACUUAAAACACAUACAGCCUCUUGAACAGUGUAAUAUACUUUUUCUUUACGUAUUAUCUAUUUUUAUCUAGAUUUAAGUCUGUUUUAGAAAAUAAAAUUCUCAUGUAUUGUGACUGUUCUUUGUAUUACCUCAAAAUCUGCUGGGUUUGAGAUAAAAACUGCCACAUUUGAUAAACAUGAGAACCGUGA